AUGGCAACAAUCCGGAAGGUCGUCAUCACAGAGUUUGGUGAUGUCGACGUGGUCAAAAUAUUCGAGACUACUUGCUCUCCUCCUGCUCCUGGCUUCGUCCAAAUAGCGACCGAAUAUUCCGGCUUCACUGGCGGCGACAUUAGCAUGCGCAAGGGUAUCUAUCCUGACCAAGACCCUGCGCCACUCACCCCCGGGUAUUGUCUUGUUGGAAAGGUUCAGGCGUUAGGCGAAGGAUGCACCACAAUCAAAGAAGGUGACAUUGUCGCAGUGUUGACGAAGUACGAUGCCCAAGCAGAACUCGUGAACCAACCCGAGAAGUACUGUAUCAAAGUACCUGAUGGGCUCGAUCAUCAACAAGUCACGGCAUUGAUGUGCGAUUGGUCUACGGGGUACGCCAUGGCAAACCAAACGGCCAAGGUCAGAAAGGGCCAGAGGGUGUUUAUUCACGGUCUUAGCGGUGCUGUUGGCUGUGGCCUAAUGAUCCUCUGUUCUCUUCUAGGGGCUGAGGUUUAUGGGACUGCCAGUGAGCGGAAUCAUGAAUUUGUGCGAGCCUAUGGGGCAACUCCCUUUGUUUACACGGACAAGAAGUGGAUGAAUACCAUGAAAGCUCUAAGUGGUGCCAAUGCCGUAUUCGAUCCACUUGGGUUCGAAAGCUUCGAGGAAAGCUAUUCCAUUCUCACUGCAGACGGCAUUGUUGUGGCCUACGGCAAUAACAUGGACUCUCUUGCGGGUAAAAAGCCCCGAGAUCCCACGGAAGCAAUCAUGAACAUGAUGUCAUGGAACUCCGAUUCGUCGACAGGCAGGAAGACUACCUUUUUCGGGCUUACGCGCGACUCUCCCACUUAUGCCAGUAAUAUCUCCGCACUGAUGGAGAUGAUGAUGAAGGGAAAAUUCCAAGUCCCAAUUAAGAAAAUCUGGGCUAUGGAAGAUGUUCAAACUGCUCAUAGACAAUGGGGAGGAGGACACGGUAUUGGAUCUGUCUUGAUCAAGGUUCAAGAUUUGUAG